AUGUUCAAUUCGUAUCAAGCUACGGGAAUGGGUUACAACCCACCCAAUAAUCAACAACAGCAAUAUCAAUACCAACAACUUCAACAACAACAACCUUUAUAUACACAAAGUACUGGGUUUAUGCAACCUAAUUUAUUUCAAUCGAAUGUUCAACCAGGUUACAUUCAAACUCAAGCUACGGGAUUUAGUGGAGCACCAACAGUUGUUGAAAAUAAUGAAUUAAAAAUUCCAAGUUUUAGAUUAUCAUUUAUUACAGCUGAAGAUCAACGUAAAUUUGAACAUUUAUUUAGAACAGCAGUGCCAAGAGGUGAACAAUCAAUAAAUGGUGAUUCAGCUAGUAAUAUUUUGUUAAGAUCAGGCUUAAAUGCUGUUGUAUUAGCAGAGAUCUGGACUUUAUCAGAUGUUGAUAAAACUGGAUCAUUAUUAUUCCCAGAAUUUGCAUUGAGUUUACAUUUAUGUAACAUGGCUAAAAGAGGAGAACCUUUACCUGGAGUACUUCCGGCUAAAUGGUUAAAUGAAGUCAAAAGUUUUAUGGAUGCAAUCAAUUUCAGUGUACCCGAUGACCCAAAUAAGAUAUUGGCCAAUACACCAUUUGCUAAAAAAAACGAUUGGUUUACUCAGCCUGGGUUAAAUCCUCAAACAACUGGAUUCAAUCCACCAAAUACAAGUUUUGGUCAACAACAAAGUGGAAUCGGGCAACAACAAACUGGAUUUGCUCCACAACAAACAGGUUUUGGUCAACAACAAAGUAAUUUCAUUCAACCUCAAGGCACAGGAUUUAAUCCGCAACAAACUCAGAAUAAUUGGUUGGGUUCUCAAAAUACAGGCUUCAAUCAACAACAGCAACCACCAUCAACUUCAUUCGGAGCAGGUGAAUUUGUACCUUUACAACCACAGCAAACAGCUGGUUUAAUACAAAAGACAAUACCACUUCAAGCUCAAGGUACAGGAUUUAAUCAACUUGGACCUCAACGUACUGGUGGGUUUGUUCCUCAAAAUAAUGGUAUACAACCACAAUCAACAGGUUUCCAACCACAGUCAACAGGUUUCCAACCUCAACAAACUGGUGGUAUGGGAGGUUUUAAUACAAUUGGAUUACAACCCCAAAAAACAGGACCUUUGCAAGCUAACAAAACCGGACCAAUGCCAAUUCAAUCUCAACAAACUGGUCAGCUUCAGCUGCAACCUACUGGCUCCUUUGGGUUUUUACAACUGCAACCUACGGGAAUGUUACGAGCACAACCAACUGGAAGACCUGGGGAAUGGGGAUUUGUUUCUAUGCCAACUGGUGGUUAUCAAGGUUUAAAUACAAUGCAUUCAGUUUUCCAGCCAGAUAAUACCAAAAACUAUCAAGAUUUAAAUAAAGUGAUGAAUAAUAAUUCUUCAACCAAUGUAACUUGGGCAAUUUCAAAACAAGAAAAAUUAAUAUAUGAUAAUUUAUUUCAAGCUUGGGAUACUGGUAAGAAAGGAUAUGUUGAUUCAAAUGUAGCCUUAAAUGUAUUUACAAAAUCAGGUUUAAGUAGAUCUGAUUUGGAAUCAAUUUGGACAUUAGCUGAUACUGAUGAUGUUGGUAAAUUAAAUAAAAAUCAAUUUGCAGUUGCAAUGCAUUUAAUUUAUAGAAGAUUGAAUGGGUUAGAAAUUCCAGUUAGAUUACCACCAGAAUUAAUUCCACCAGCCGAUAAAACUUUCAGAGACACUAUGGAUAGUUUAAAGAAUUCAUUGAAAAACAAUGGUGCCAAAAAUUCCAAAAAUAAUAAACCACAAACCAAAUCAACUGGUGCUAGAUACAAGAAUGACGAUGAUGACGUUGGAUACGUUUCAAGCUCACGUUAUAAAAAAAGAGGACUGUCAGAAGAAAAAGACAACUCCAAUCUUAGAAACUCAAAAUCUUCAGAUUUAAGUAUUGAUGAUUUAAAGAAAUCAAUAAGAGAAAAGAAAAUUUUAUUAGAUGCAAUGGAUGUUGAAGAUGAAGAAAAAAUUAAAAGUGGAUCAGGUGAAAUUGAUAAAUUGAAAACUCAAAUUUUUGAUUUACAUACUAAAAUUGUUAAACAAGGUGGAGAUAAUCAAAAACUGACUUUACUCAAAAAAUUAGAUCAUAUAACUAGAGAUCAAAUUCCAAGAUUAAUCUCAGACAUCAAUCAAAUUAAUCAAGAAAUUUCAACUAAAAAAAUUGAAUUAAUUAAAAGUCAACUUAAAAAAGAAAAUCCAAGUUGGGAUGAAUCAAAAGUUGAUGUAAACAAUCCUGGUAAAUUUGAUUUAAAACAAAAAAUGGCUAUGUUAACAGGAAAAAAUCCAAGUGGUAAUCUUGAUCAUAGAUAUAAAGAAGCAAUUGAAAAAUCAAAAUCAGAAUUAAGUGGUCAAUCAGAAAUGAUUAAGGAUAUUGAAUCUGGUAUAAAGUCAAUGGAGAAUGAAUGUGCUUCAAAAUUGAAAACUUCUGCAAGAUUAGAAGCUGGAUAUGAAAAAUGGGAAAAGGGGUUUGGUAUUAAUGAAGCCGUUGCAUCAUUUGUUAGAGAAUUAUCAAGGUAUCAAAAUCCAGAAAAAGCAGCUGUCAAACAACAACAAACACAACCACAACAAUCAAACAAUUAUAGCUCCACUGUUAAUUCAAAUCAAAUUCAAAAAGAAGCUCCAAUUCAGCAACAACAAUCAAAUUCCACUACGAACACAUCCACUUAUAAUUCUGCUGAAGAAAGAGCUGCCUAUAUCAAGGCUGAAGCAGAAAGAAGAAUGGCAGCAAGACUUGAGAAACUUGGUAUUAGUCGUGCUGGAAGAAAUGCAAAGAAACCUAGCGAAUCUCAAAAUUCAACUCCAAUUGUUCAAAAAGAGGAAAAGAAAGUUGAACCACCAAAAGCUCCUGAAAUAAAAGGGGAACCUAAAGUUGUUGGUUCAAAGAAAGAAGUUGAGUCUAUCGAUGUUCCAAAACCACAACAACAAGAGUCUCAAAAAUCACAACAACAAGAGACUCAAAAACCACCACAACAACAACCAGAGCAACCACAAGCUCCUCCGGCUCCUCCACAGCAGCAACAACAACAACAACAACAACAACAACAACAACAACAACAACGACAACAACAACAACAACAACAGGUACCACAACCCAAUAAUCAAAAAGUUGAAGAAUCAUCCUCGGAUGACGAAGAUUUUGAUUUCCAACCUAAUCCAGCUAAAACUUAUACUGCUCAUGGAUCAUCAACAUCAUCAUCAUCAAAACCACAACAACCAUCGUUUGAAGGUUUCAACUCAAAUCCAACUCCUUCCACUGAACAAAACCAAAUUUCAAAAGAAGAAGAAAAAAAAAAUGAACAACCACCAACUAAUCAAUCAACCACUUCAGAACCUCCAAAAAGACAUGAUAAUAAUCCAUUCUUCAAAAAACAAUUUCAAUCAUCAAAUCCUCCAGUUGAUGCACAAAAGGCUUCAAUACAAAGAGGUUUUCAAAGAGGUAUUGCAAAUAAUGAUAAUUGGAGUGAUUCAGAAGAUGAAGAUUCAGAAGAUGAUGCACCAAAUAGAGCAGGUGCUGCUCAUUUAGCUAACUUAUUAUUUGGUGGUAUGGCUCCUCAACAAACUGGUGGAAAUCAAGUCGAACCAAAAGAACAAGAACAACCAACUCAACAAAAUAAUCAAAACGAAGCUUCUGUUCCACAGACGUUUAACGAAAGUAAAGAAGAAGAGAAAUAUGAUAAUUAUGAAGAUAAAAAACAAGAACAAGAGGAACAAGAGGUACCACAGGAACAAUCAAUUCCACAACCACCACCUUUAGAUACAAAUCAAUUUUCAUCAUCUAUUCCACCACCACCUCCUCCAAUGGAGUCCGUUCCUUCAAUUCCUCAAGCUCCACCUCCACCUCCACCACCUUCUCAACAAUUUUCAAAUAUUCCACCUUCUUUACCAACAAAUGAACCACCAGCUUUACCUUCGGAUAUUCCUCCACCACCACCCCCACCUCCUUCAUCAUUACCACCCCAAUUAAACGGUAAUAAUGCUCCACCACCACCACCACCAUUCCCACCACAAGUACCACCAUCAGCACCACCAUCAGCACCACCAUUAGAUAAUCAAUUAACAAAUCAACAAACUGGUAAUCCAAAUAUUGGUGCAUUAUUAAAUCAAAUUACUGGUGGUUCAACAUUACGUAAAGUAGAAACUAAAGUUUCAAGUGGUGCAACUGUUGGUAGAGUUCUUUAA